AUGCUGGGGACGCGCCGGGUCUGCGCGGCCGCUUGGCUGCUCCGGGCCGCGCCGGGCGCUGAGCCGGGCCGCUCGGCGUCGGGGGCGCGCGGGCAGGGCUGGCUGCAGCCCGCGGGCUACGACACGGGCGUCACGGUGUACAACAGCCUCACCCGGAGGAAGGACCCGUUGAUUGUGAGCCGCGCGGACGCCGCCUCCUGGUAUAGCUGUGGACCAACUGUCUACGAUCACGCACACCUGGGUCAUGCUUGCUCCUACGUCAGGUUUGAUAUAAUUCGGAGGAUCCUCACCAGGGUGUUUGGAUGCAACGUCAUCAUGGUGAUGGGAAUCACGGACGUGGAUGAUAAGAUAAUCAGACGCGCCAACGAGAUGAGCGUGUCGCCCGCGUCCCUGGCCCGUCUUUAUGAAGAAGACUUCAAACAGGACAUGGCAGCCCUGAAGGUCCUCCCACCCACCGCCUACCUACGGGUUACCGAGCACGUGCCUCAGAUCGUCGCCUUCAUCGAGAGACUCAUCGCCAACGGGCAUGCUUACUGCACAGCAAAAGGCAACGUCUACUUCGACCUGCAGUCGCGAGGCGACAGGUACGGCAAGUUGGCUGGCGUGGCACCCGGGCCGGCGGGAGAGCCAGUUGACUCCGACAAGCGGUAUGCCAGCGACUUCGCACUGUGGAAGGCGGCGAAACCCCAGGAGCCUUUCUGGGGCUCCCCGUGGGGCAACGGGAGGCCCGGCUGGCACAUCGAGUGUUCCACCAUCGCCAGUCUGGUGUUCGGAAGUCGGCUGGACAUCCACUCGGGCGGCGUGGACCUGGCGUUCCCACACCACGAGAACGAGAUCGCCCAGUGUGAGGCCUUCCACCAGUGCCCGCAGUGGGGCAACUACUUCCUGCAUUCCGGGCACCUGCACGUGAAGGGUGGAGGAGAGAAGAUGUCCAAGUCGCUGAAGAACUACAUCACCAUUAAGGACUUCCUCCGCUCCGCCUCUCCAGACGUCUUCCGCCUCUUCUGCCUGCGGAGCAGCUACAGGUCAGCCGUCGACUACAGCGAGGGCGCCCUGCUGGAGGCCAGGCGCCUGCUGCGGGCCACAGCCGCCUUCGUGGAGGAUGCGCGGGCCUACGUGAGGGGGCAGCUGGCCGGCGGCCCCGUCCAGGAGGACAUGCUGUGGGAGAGGCUGGGCCGCACCAAGGCGGCUGUGCAGGCGGCCUUGGCGGAUGACUUCGACACGGUGCGGGCGGUGGAUGCCGUCAUGGACCUCGUCCACCACGGGAACAGGCAGCUGAAGGCGGCCGCCGAGGAGCCCCGUGGUGCCCGGAGCCCCGCUGUGCUGGGGGCCAUUGUGGCCUCCGUGGAGCAGUUCUUUGAGACGGUGGGCAUUUCUCUGGCCGAGCGACAGUGUGUUCCAGGGGCGGGCAGCCCGGCCGCCUUGCACAGCUUGGUGGAGGAGCUGGUCCGCUUCCGGCUGAAGGUCCGACAGUUCGCUCUGGCCUCCGGGGAGGCCCCUGGGGAGGCGAGGCAGCAGCGGCUCCUGGAGCGGCAGCCCCUGCUGGAGGCCUGCGACACGCUGCGCAGGGACCUGGCCGUCCACGGCAUCAGCAUCAAGGAGCGGCUCGUCCACGUGGGAACUGCUGGAUCAGAGGACAGAAGACCCCAAACCCAGGAGCUGAGGACUGCCACGGUUCUGCGCCCUUUAAGUCACAGUAAAGCCUUCCUGUGAAAGCUGCUGUUGUGGCUGUUUUCCCUUAAAAUGAACCAAGCCGACACCACCCCAGCACCCCUUCGGUGUGAACAGA